GGCGAGUCCUUGAUGGAGGGGGUCUCGGCGGUGUCGCGGGGACAAUGUUGGGACAGUACGGCUCCAAUGGCAAAGUCGGAGGCAUCAGUGGUGACAUAGAAAUGGCGAGUGGGGUCGGCGAUCUUGAGGACAGGGGCCGUGGUGAUGGUUUGCUUGAGGAAGUCGAAAGCGUGUUGGUGGUGAUUGCUCCAAUUGAAGGGCUCGUCCUUGCGUGUGAGUUCCUGGAGCGGGUAAGAGAUCUCGAAAAAAUUGCGAAUGAACGGGUAGUAGUAGUCGGCAAGGCCGAGGAAGGAACGAAGUUGGAGGAGGGUCUUGGGCCGAGGGUACUCGACGAGGGUUGUGACCUUCGAAGGGUCCAUACGGAUGCCUUCAGCAACGACAAUGUGGCCAAGGUAUUCGACGCUCAAAGCGGCAAACGUACAUUUGUUGAGCUUGGCGUAGAAUUUUUGCUCUCGGAGGAUCGAGAGGACUUGGCGAAUGUGCUGAAGGUGGGACUCAAAGGUGGGGCUAAAGAUGAGGAUGUCAUCAAGGUACACGACGACACAGACUUCGAGGAGGUCACAGAAGAUGUGGUUCAUGGUGGACUGGAAUGUGGCGGGGCCAUUGGUGAGUCCGAAAGGCAUUACGAGGAACUCGUAGUGCCUAAACUGAGAGCGGAAUGCGGUCUUGUGGGUGUCCUCCUCGCGGCUACGGAUCUGGUGGAAGCCACUACGGAGGUCGAUCUUGGUGAAAUAUUUGGCUCCACGGAGGCGAUCAAGAAGUUCAGAUCUCCGCGGGAGUGGGUACAUGUUCUUGAUCGUGAUCCGGUUCAAGGCACAAAAGUCUGUGCACAUGCAGAGUUCCGAGGUGUCGUUCUUCUUGACGAAGAGACAACUGGUUCCGAAGGGGGAGGUGAUAGGCUUAAUGAAUCCUUUUUCAACGAGUUCAUUGAGCUGGCGCUUCAUUUUUUCAGCCUCGGGGACGGAGAGUUGGUACGGAGGGCGGCAAGGAGGAUAAUGGUCGGGCUCGACAUCAAUGGUGUGGGAUACACCUCGAUCGGGAGGUAAACCGGCGGGCAAGGACUCGGGGAAGACGUCCUUGAAUUC